AGUAAUUAUGUUUUUUAAUAUUUGAAAAGAAAAAGUAUAAAAUUAUGUCACCAGCAAUUCCUACACCAAAAACUUGGAAAGAAACCAAUCGUGUGCAUAAAGAACAACGAAAAAGAUGGAAGGAAGAGAGGUUAGCCAAAAAAUUCGAAAAAGAAGAAAUUAAAAAAAAAUUACAGAAAGAAGUAGUUAAACCCAUUGAGAAACAUUUUGAAAAAAAAGAUAUUUCGACAAUCAGUAUUGCAGUUCCUGGAUCAAUUUUAGACAAUGCUCAAUCUCCGGAAUUACGAACAUAUUUAGCAGGACAAAUAGCACGUGCAGCAUGUGUUUAUAAAAUAAAUGAAAUUAUUGUUUUUGAUGAUAAAGGAGAAAUAAUUGAAAGUGAAAAGAAAAAAAUAAGAAACGACGAAGUAUUAGGUGAAAGACGAAUUGGAUGUUUGCAGUUAGCUAGAAUAUUACAAUAUCUUGAAUGUCCGCAAUAUUUAAGGAAUAUUUUUCCUAUUCAUAAAGAUUUGCAAUAUGCUGGAAUAUUAAAUCCUGUAGAUGCUCCACAUCAUUUACGUCAGCAAGAUAUAUCUUUAUAUCGAGAAGGAGUAGUUACAAAUAAACCAGUUAAAUCUGGUAAAGGUUCUCAUGUGAAUGUAGGAUUAUUAAAUGAUGUUUGUGUGGAUAAGAUAUUAACUGCUGGAUUAAGAGUUACAGUUAAAAUACCUGAAGAGCAAUCAAAUCUAAAAAAAUUAAAAGGAUUUAUUGUUCCACCUGAUAUUCCUAGAUCAGAUACUGGUAUAUAUUGGGGAUAUACUGUGAGAUUAGCAAAUAAUCUCACAGAGGUAUUAACACAAUGCCCUUAUAAAAGUGGAUAUGAUUUAACCAUUGGUACUUCAGAUAAAGGAAAAUCAAUUGAUGAUAUAGAAUCAAAAGGCAUUGAAUACCAUCAUGCUUUAAUAGUAUUUGGAGGAUUAUCUGGAUUAGAAGCUGCAGUAGAUUGCGAUCCUAAUUUGGAUGUGGAUGAUGCUUCUUUGGUAUUUCAUCAAUACUUGAAUACUUGUCCUCAACAAGGAUCAAGAACUAUUAGAACGGAAGAAGCUAUUUUAAUUACAUUAGCAGAAUUAAGAACAAAAUUGUUUCCUAAAAUUCCUCCAUUACCAAAUACUCAAUUUUAAAGUUUUGUAAAUAAUUGAACUAUUAUUAAAUAUAAAUAACUGUAAGUAGUAAUAUAAAUAUAUAAACAUUUUUGCUUUUUAUUUUUAUUUUUUAUGAAAAUUGUAUAUAAAAUUAUACAUUUUCAAAACUUUUAAUAUAAGUACAUGUAUGUAUAAGCAUAUAAUUUUAUACUAGAAAAUGUUUUUUUUUCUUUUAUUGUUUAAUUAUUUUGUAAUGCACAAUUUACUGUAUCUCUUAAAGUUUUAAUAACUUUUGCUUGAUCAGAAGAACCUAUGACGGCUGUUCCAGAGACAAUCAUGUUUGCACCAGCCUAAAAAAUGUAUACAUGUAAUUUAUUUUUUUGUUAUAAAAUGAAAUUAAUGAAAUUAUAUAUACCUUUGCACAUGAAUCAAUAGUUUCUGGCCCAACACCACCAUCUACUUCUAUAUCUAAUGUAGGAUAAUUUUUUCUAAGCCAUGAUACUUUUUUCAUCAUUGGUUCCAUGAAUUUUUGACCACCAAAACCUGGUUCUACAGUCAUAAUUAAUACCAUAUCUGCUAAAUCAAUAUAUUCUACAACUACAUCUACUGGAGUCCCUGGCUUAAGUGCAAUUCCAACCUUUCAUUUAAAAAAUAUGAAUAUAAUAAACAAUUUUUUAAUUAAGCAAGUUUAAUUUAAAAAUAUUAUAUAUAAAAUAAGUACAUACUUUCAUUCCUGCUUCUUUUACUUUUCUACAAGUUAAUGAAACAUUUUUUACUGGUUCAACAUGAAAUGUAUAUUGAUUAACACCAGCAUCAGCCAUAGGUUCUAUCCACUAAAAUAAAGAAAAAAAA